AAAUCAUAGCUUUUUUUUUAAUUACUAAUCUUGAUGAAGAUCACCAAAACUCAUUUGGGUCUUCUUCAUCGCCGUUCUUGAUUUUCUCUUGGCAAUGGGAUCUACAAAUCUUGGUCUCAUCAUCAUCGUCUUCGUCUUUUGCGUCAUCUCUAAUCUACAAUCGAUGGUUCAUUGCAUCAACAAUAUUCAAGAUUUGGACGAUCUGAUCCGUUCAUACGCGGCUCAUGCCACUACUAGAAGACACACAGGCUCGUUGUACAAAAUUUCACUUCCGUCUAAUCUUUCCGACAUCAAAGCAUCGGUUGUUACGGUCCGUAACAGUAUGUUCUGGAGAAAAGGAACAAACUUUAGUGGUGUUUUGAUUCCUCCGAUGGUUAAAACGACGCCGUACGCUAAAAGAAUAGCUUUUGUCUACGAGAGUUUCGGUGAUCACUCUUCAUCGGUUUACUUCCGGUUACCUGAUAAUUACUCUUUCGUUUCUCCGGUUACUGGAUUUACCGGUUACGACGCGACCAACAUGAAUGAUCUCAAAAAAUUGAAUCUUUCGAUCAAGAGAGACAAGCCAAUCUUGAUCAAAUUCGAGCCUUACGCUUCUCGUAAUCGCACAAGAGUCCAAUGCAUCGCCUUUGGAGAUAAUGGUUUGUUGUUGAACAUCAGCAAUGCGAUACGGAAUUACGAAUGUGCCACUACGAAUUCUCAUGGGCAUUACGCACUUGUUGUCCUAAACCAGCAGAAACCCAAACCGAGAUACGAACCGGAGUUGGCUCGGAGAAAUUGGUGGUGGAUUGUUUUAACCGGGAUUGGAGUUUCGGUUAUUGUUGUUAUGGUGAUCAUUGUUUUGGUGAAAGUAGUGAAGAAGAAGAGGUUAAGAGAUAUGGAAAGAGAGUCGGAGAAGAGUGAAACGAUCGGAAAUGUUUGGAUUGGUCGGAGUAGAAUGCCGGCGGCGGCGAUGGUUAGAACUCAGCCAUGUUUGGAAUAUCAUGAAGAUCUUCCUUCAUCUUCGAAUAUACCUUGAUUUUUUUUUACUUUUUGUAGUUUCUGGCUCUGUGUAUAGAAAGUUACAUUCAAAGUUUCAAGUUUGUUAUUUUACCAAAAAAAAAAAAGUUUCAAGUUUGUUUCUUUUUGAACUUCUUCCCGUUUUUCUUAUGUAUGAGUAAACUGUUCGUCGUUUUCGCCCUCCAUUUCUCUUAGUUAUUAUGGAGGGGGCAGUUCAUAAAUGUUUGAAUUACUC